CGUGAUAGAGAUAUUGCUAAUCCUCGUUUGCCCAUCACAAAACAAUUCAAAAUAAGAUGAGAAAAUGAGAAACAUAUUUUGAGGUUUCCUUACGUAAAUCAUUGUACACGUGUCAUGUAGAUGAUAAAUGAUUUAUCCAAUUGACAGAUUGUGUACUUGUGUCUCAAAAGCAUUUACCAAUUCUGUACACAAAUCUUUUAUGUGGAAGUUAUUUUAAUAUCAGUUCACUAUUAUAAUAGUUAUUAUAUGUGAGUAGUGGCGAUCUAUAAUAUUAAAACAUAAAUAUUAUUUAGAAUUAAUUUUGACUUAUAUACACAAUAUAAAAUUAUAAUAUUUAUGAUAUUUAAAGAGUGAAUUAGGUGGAAAACAUAAGAAGAAGUGGAAAUUGGGUAUAAGUCCACAAAACUUAAACUGGCCAACGUGCGCAUGAGUAAUGCUGAGAAAAGACCAGAGUAACCUUACCGAUUCGACUUCAUUCGUUUAGGGUCUAGGGUAAGUCUGACAGCGGAUAUUUAGAAAGAUUUACGGAGAUCUUAAACAAUAUUUAGAUAAGAUAUAAUUAUAUUGCCUCGGUAAAUGAUUUCCUAACAGUGGCUUCUGAGAGACAAUCCCGCACCACAACAUCUCUGACGCAUUCGGCGUUACAGGAAACCAAAUCCAUCAAAAGAUUUGCCGCCUCUACAUACGAGAAUUGUGUAGUGAUUAUAUUGUCUCUCUCUAAUUUUUCUGAGCGUCUAUAAAAGAAAGAAACCGGUUCUAUGAAAUCUCAGUCACGGAAGUCUUUCUCCAACCGAAAAAGCUAAACAUUCCAAGAUCUCUCAUCUGAGGAUAUGGGUCGUGUGUUUCGUGUUUGGCAUGGUGAUUGGAAGAAAAACCGACAACAGCAAUGGUUCUUUGUGCUGAAGGCUUCGGAUUACGGUUUCACGUUGUACAUGGAUUCUUCUGAGACUUACGAGACCGUCGAAGCCACUCUGAGAGAACAGUAUCUGCUCCACGAGACAACUCCCCUCGUGCUGACAUAGGGGCUGCCUGAUUGGAUGAUAUUCCCAAGUGGGCCCGCACCGCCGAUGAUACUGUCUACAACGGCCGACUGAUUACUGUAAUGUCCCGAAGGCCACCGCUGACAGAUGUGAACUUGAUGGUGACUAUGGGUGCAAGGCCGGUAGCUGAGUCCCAGUGUAUUCUUCUGUCCGAAUUCUCAGUCGGACCAAAUCGCUACGUUGUUGACGGCACUGAGGAUGCAGCUGCGAAGGCACGUUAUGAUAGCUUGGUGCAUGGACAUCGCAUUCCAACCAGUGUAGCGGUGUUGAACGAGAUAUUUGGGAAACAGGAUAUGCUAAUCUUCCACCGCAUAGCACUGGAGAUGAACCACGCUGAUAGUAAUCAAGAAAUGGAAAUUAUAAAUCUUGAUGAUGAUGAGGACAUGCUGGAUGUUCAACCUCUCCAAACAAUCCCACCAGCUAACGGUAGAGCUGAUCCAGAAACCAGUCAUUCAAACCAACCUCCAUCUCUAACCGCUAUGAGUGCUACGGGGGCUCCACCUGUGAUGUGGGAUGUGGGGAUUGACUUGAUUAACUACCCCGAAUUUUACAACAAUCAGAUGAAUGGAAGUUUUGAGAGUAGCGACACAGACUUCUGGAAUGGGCUCAUCGAAGAGGCAUCAAACUCUACUGCAGCAGACAGCGUUGACAACAUCGGACUUCCGGUGGAAGUUCAACUCAGCCCGUCAACACUUUUGUUGAACUGAAGAUCGGAUCUGAUGGUGAAAGGGCAGGCGAGAGUGGACCUGCUGACAUCGAGGGAAUCUCUUCCGCGGGAUCAACUGCUGUCACAGAAGCUCAACUCGUGGAAAAGGGGAUGGAGUUAAGUGAAGAAAGUGGAGACAACGUAGGUGUUGCACCGGUUGAAGUCGAAGUUCCACCAGUCGAGCCUGCUGAGAAGAUACCAACUGAUGCGUCCCACCUGAUGGACGGACCUGGUUUGACUCUCACUCUUGCAUGUGGACCCUCGGAGGGAACAGGGGGCAAGGCCGAAGCAAUCAAGGUGACCGAGACUUCGUCUGAAGGGAGCUAGCCAGAAGGUGGGUGCUUCGCCUGAAUCUCUAUAGAAGAUUCACUAAUGUAUAAUUACUAAGGAAACGGAUGCUAAAAUAGUUUUUAACGGGGGUUGUGGGUUUUUGUUAGCCGGUUAAUAUAAAGUUUAAUCACAGAGGUUGGUUUUUGGGUGGUUAAACUUUUGCUUAACCAGGCUGGGUUUAGUAUUUUGGAAAAUAAUCAACUUUGGAUCAUGUCUUUUGGACCCAAUGAGAUUAUGUAAGGGGCGGGCUUGACCGAACCCAAGUGGUUAGGAUCUUAAUGUUAUGGUGCUUUUCGAACUGAUGUUGUAAUGGAAUGUCUCAAAAGUUAUAAUAUGAUAAAAAUGUUGUCCA